AUGGCACCGACGCCGACGUACGAUUUCGUAGUCGUCGGGGGUUUCCAUGCCCCCGAUGACCACGCCAAGUCGCAUCCCAUCGCCGCUGCGAACGCAUCCUUCCUCAACGAGCAGGACUCGGAGCGCCUCACGGCGUCGGUAACAUCGGCGCUGAAAUCCGCCGGUGGCGGACGCAAUCUGGUGCGCAGGAUCGACGGGAGAAACGCGGACGACAGGAGUUUGCUCGCCGAUGUACUUGAGGCAGCGGUCAGGGAGGGCGGGAGAGAUGGAGACGUUAAGCCGAAAGGCGCUAGGGCGGUGGUUCUCGUGGGUUUCGGCGCGGGAGGCGGUGCCCAAUGCGACGAGUUCCUGAGCGACGAGCGCUUGAAAUCUUGUGCCAGGCAUUUCGCCGCGAGAGGAGGGGUGGUGCUGAUACAGGGCCGCGGUGGGGCGAUAGAUCUGAUAUCGCGUCACUGGUUCCAAAAGACGUGGACGUCUGGUUUGAAGCGCGGCGCGGAGCGGUCGUGGAGAUACAACUCCGACAGCGCGUGGGGCGGUGGAUACUUUGCGAGAUUCUCGGACGCCGCGUCGGCGCAGGGUGAACCCUCGCUUCGCAAAGAGGUCCGAUUCGGGGUGGUUUACGAGGUGGAGAGGGUGAAGCCCGUUGACGCGAUGUACCUAUCGGUCCCUCAUAAGGAUGAGGAGGACGAAGAGGACGAAGGAGACGAGAAGCUGGUGAUUGGGUACAGGAACGGCGGCGUGACGCUCGGGGCAACUUGCGCGGUUGCCUUUGGCGCAUUUGGCGGCGGCCACGUUGGAUGUAUCGGUGCCGGCGAAGACCAUCAGGAGACAACAAUGCGGGUCAUUCAGGGUCUGUGCGAGGCGGCGCCAGGGGUGGGCACGCCCGAUGCACUGAAACGGCUCAAGAAAUCCGGCAUGAAAGGGUUCGACCUGCGCGAGGUUGCCAUCGGAGGAGGAGGGCAGGUCACAGUGGAGCCGUCCAUGACGAAGUUCGCCGUGUUCGCGGUGUUCGCUGCCGUCGUGUCCAUCAUGGUGGUCGUGUACCUCGCGAUGCUUGUCAUCAGAUCCAACAUGUAG